GCUACCGGCGCAGGAGAAGAGAAAACAGUUCGAGAAGUUAGCGCCGUAACACAACACACAUCAAGCCUACACUCAUAAACCCUAAACCCUCCGCAAAAUCCAUGGCGAAGUCAUCAAAACGCAGCAGCAGCACCGACCCGAAGAAGAAGAAGAAGAAGAGCAAGAAGAACAAGUCGGGUCCCGAAGGCGUGGCCAUGAAGGUGAAGGCCACCGCCACCGCCAGCAACCCCUUCGAGUCGAUUUGGUCGCGGAGGAAGUUCGAGGUGCUGGGCCAGAAGCGCAAGGGCGAGGCCCGCCGCAUGGGCCUGGCCCGUUCUCUGGCGAUCCAGAAGCGCAACGAGACGCUCCUCCAGGAGUAUCACCAGAGCGCCAAGUCCUCUCUCUUCGUUGACAAGCGAAUCGGAGAGAACGACCAAGCGCUUGACGACUUCGGAAAAGCCAUCUUGCGAUCCCAACGCGAACGCCAGUUGAACAUGAAGCUGAGCAAGAAAAGCAAGUAUCACUUGUCUGAUGGAGAGGAAGAUGACUUUGAAGGAAUUGAUUCUCUUGGAAGAGAUGAUUUUGAGGAGGAGAUGCUUCCUGAUGAUGCUGCUGCUGAAGCUGAUGGGAAAUUAGAUUUGGUUCAGCAUAACGUGCGGAUUCCGGGGGAAAUUAGUGCGGUUGACGGGGAGGAAAAUAGACAUAAAAGCAAGAAAGAAGUGAUGGAGGAAAUUAUCUUAAAAAGCAAAUUUUACAAGGCUCAAAAGGCAAAAGAUAAGGAAGAAAAUGAACAAUUGGUGGAAGAAUUGGAUAAGGAUUUCACUUCCUUGCUUCACUCUGAGGCCUUGUUAUCUUUGACUGAACCCAACAAGAUGAAUGCUUUGAAGGCUUUGGUGAACAAAAGUAUUUCAAAUGAACAAAGUAUUAAGGACCGCAUGGCUCGUCGUACAAUGGAUACUUCUAUGCAGGAAAAGCCUGAUGAGUAUGACAAACUUGUCAAACAAAUGGGAUUGGAAAUGCGUGCUCGCCCUUCAGAUAGGACAAAAACACCAGAAGAGAUUGCUCAGGAGGAAAAAGAACGUCUAGAGCAAUUGGAGGAAGAGCGACAGAAGAGGAUGAUUGCUGGUGAAGAUUCAAGUGAUGAAGAAAAUGAAGAUUCAGAAAAGCCAUCUGAACAGAAACAAAGAGCCAUCUCUGGUGAUGAUCUUGGUGAUUCCUUCUCUGUCAAUGAACAAGUUAUGACUAAGAAGGGUUGGGUUGAUGAGGUUCUUGAAAGAAAAGAUGAGGAAGAUUCUGAUAGUGAAGAUGAUGAUGGUGAAGAUUCUGAUGAUUUCGGAAGCUCUGAAGAUGCUGAUGAAGGAUCAGAUGAGGAUCUUGAUGAAAACAAGAAGGAUCUUUCUUUAAAAGACUGGGAACAAAGUGAUGAUGAUGAUAUUGGUGCAGAUUCAGAAGAUGGAGAUGAAGAUGAUAGUGACGAGGACAAAGAAACAGCUGCUGAUGACCUUGAUGCUGUUCAAAAAAAAGCAAAGAGAAAUGUUUCUCUUGAAAGUGUAAAAAAAGAUAAGGAUUCUUCAGAUGCCAAGAAGAUAGAUGUUGGAGGAAAACAGUCAAAAGAGUUGGACAUUCCUUAUAUAAUUCAAGCUCCCAAUACCUUUGAAGAAUUAUGUUUACUGGUAGAUAAACAUUCAAAUUCCAACGUUAUUUUGAUUAUCAAUCGGAUUCGGAAAAGUAAUCCAAUCACCCUCGCAGCAGAAAAUCGAAAGAAAAUGCAAGUAUUCUAUGGAGUAUUGUUGCAAUAUUUUGCUGUUUUGGCAAAUAAGAAACCAUUGAAUGUUGAGUUACUCAAUAUGCUGGUGAAACCAUUGACAGAGAUGAGUAUGGAAAUCCCAUACUUUGCUGCAAUAUGUGCUCGCCACAGAAUAGAAAGUACUAGAAAGCAAUUCAUUGAUAGUAUAAAAAAAUCAGAAAGUAGCAGUUGGCCUUCUUCAAAAACAUUGUGCCUCUUGCGUUUGUGGUCCAUGGUAUUUCCAUGCUCCGACUUUAGGCAUCCAGUUAUGACCCCUGUGAUAUUAUUGAUGUGUGAAUAUCUGGUGCGUUGCCCAAUACUAUCUGGUCGGGAUAUUGCCAUUGGCUCUUUCUUAUGCUCUAUGCUUCUCUCAGUAUUUAGACAGUCUCGAAAAUUCUGUCCUGAAGCAAUAAUAUUUCUUCGAACAUCACUUUUGGCAACUAUUGAUAGUAAACAUAUUUCAGAUGAAGAUUCCCAGCUAUAUCAUCUUAUGGAACUGAAAGCUCUCAAGCCUCUCCUGUACAUACAUGAGACAGUGAAUGAGAUUAGCCCUCUAAAUCUCUUCAAGAUAAUAGACAUGCCAGAGGACUCUUCUUUCUUCACUUCUGUCGGUUUCAGGGCUAGUGUAUUAGUUACAGUUGUUGAAACUCUACAAGGAUAUAUUAAAGUCUAUGAAGGGUUAAGUUCAUUUCCUGAAAUAUUCUCACCAAUUUUAAGAUUACUAAAUGAGAUAGCAGAACAGAAAAAUAUGCCAAAUGCAUUACGAGAAAAAAUUAAUGUAGUGGCAGAGCUCAUUAAGUCGAAAGUGGAUGAGCAUCACACUUUGAGGCGACCGCUUCAGAUGCGGAAACAAAAGCCAGUACCAAUCAAAUUACUGAAUCCCAAGUUUGAGGAAAACUAUGUCAAGGGUAGAGAUUAUGAUCCUGACCGUGAACGAGCUGAAUUGAGAAAAUUGAAGAAACAGUUGAAGCGCGAAUCUAAAGGGGCUGCACGUGAACUGCGUAAAGACAACUACUUUUUGCUUGAGGUGAAGGAAAAAGAGAGGUCUAUACAGGAAAAAGAAAGAGCAGAGAAGUUUGGAAGGGCUAAAGCUUUCCUUCAAGAGCAAGAACAUGCCUUUAAAUCUGGACAACUAGGAAAAGGAAGGAAAAGGAGGAGAUAAAAUUUAUUAUUUUCCCCAUUUUGUUCAAAUGCAUGGGGCUUCACCUUCAUAUUAAUCAGCUCAAGGAGUCGUUUUGGUGCAAUCUAGCCUUUUGUAGUGGAUGAAUCAUGAACAUCAUUGGAAUAUUUAUGGUGGUUAGAGGGAUUAUAAGGUAUAAUAAUCUCAUUUUUGACAAUGCUCUUGCGUUCCCAACGUAAUCUUUUGGGAAGAAAGGUGUUACUUGUGUAUUCGAGUUUGUGGAUUAAGUGAACUGUAAACAUUCCCAGCCACUUAGGUUGCACCAAGAUAAAAUUUUGCAAGUGAAUUUUCAAUUUAAUUUGUACUCAAUUUUCCUUCUUCAAUGAUACGGGUUCAAAAAUUUCUGCU